AUGGCGUCGGCGAGGGCGAUGCGCCGCAUGCAGGGCGACCCGCUGCUGGCCGCGGCGGAGAGCGCGUUCGGCGGGGGCUCCGAUUCAUCGGACGAAUCGAGCGACGAAGGCGAGACGCCGGCGCCGCUCAACGCCUUCGCCUUGCUCGGCGGCGACGACGACGACGACGAGUCGGCGGAGGAGAAGGAGGAAGAGCCCGAACCGGUCAAGGAGACGACCCCGCCGCCCGCGUCGAAGAAGAAGAAAAAGAAGAAGCAGAAGCAGAGGCAGACACCCGACGACGACGGCGGCGACGACGAAGGCGAAGCCGUCGAGGACGACGGCAUCGAUGAGAUCACCGCCGCUCUCAGGGAGAUCGGCGAGGAGAUGCCCACACCCCGCCCCGACGGCGACGCCUCCUCCGCGGCCGACGCCGCAUCCAUCUCCGGUCGCGACCCGCUCAUGUGCGUGGACACCCGCCGGCUCAAGGCGGAGGACGAGCUGCGAUCCAUCUUCGGCGCCAAGGUCAUCCACGCGGUUGAGACCGAGGAGGGCAACAGGGGCGGCUUAGGCUUGGGAGGGGGGCAACAGGGGCUCGCUCACAUCGGCCGGAACCCGAGGGGUAGGAAGGCCAACCAGGGCGCCAAGCUCGCGUCCACACAGACGCGGUCCACGCUCGUCCAGCCCAAGGAUUCGUGGCCGCCGUUGAGGGCCAAGCACGUCGGGCUGGCGAUGGAGUGCGUCGGGGUGGAGGGUCACGUAAAGACGUUUCGCUUCGUCCGCGACACGGCUGGCGCCGACGCCGACGCCGCGUACCAGCGCGCGGUGGCGUCGCACGAUCCGAACAACCUGCACGCGCUGCUGCAGUACUGGCCGUGGCACGUCGACGCGCUGUGCGCGCUGUCGGACGUGUACCACUACGCCGGGGAGGGGUCAAAAUCGGCCGAGUUGUUGGAGCGGGCGCUGUACGCGAUGGAGGGCGCGUGGCACCCGUGGUUCGUUGGGUGCGUCGCCGACGGGACCGCGCGCAUGGACGCCAGGGUGGUGCCUGCGGGUGCCGAAGGGGUUGCCGAAGGGGGUGCCGAUGGGGGUGCCGAGGACGCCAGCGGGCUGUUCUUCGGGACGAUGUUCAAGCACGUGCAGGCGCUCACGCGGCGGGGUUGUCACAGAGCCGCGCUCGAGUGUUCCAAGCUCGCGCUGUCCCUCGACAGGACCGACCCGCGGGGUUUCCUGUGCUGCGUCGACUACUUCGCGCUGCGGUGCGGCGAGGAGGACUGGCUCCUGGACUUUGCGGACUCGUUCAGGUCCGACGGGAGCCUCCUGUCGCAUCCCUCCUACGCGUACUCGACAGCGCUCGCGAGGCUCGGGGGCGGCCGACCGGGUCGACGGCUUCGCGCCCACCACGACGCCGCGGGCGCCCUUAACGGUAAGGGAGGCAAGGGAGGCAAGGGAAACAGGAGGGUAACAGAUAGGGCCGUACGUAAGGGUCCGGAACGGCUCAGCGACGCGCACAGGGCCGAGGCGGAUGACGCGCUGCUUCGCGCGCUGCUCAUGCACCCGGCGGCGGCGGUGGGGGCGCUGAACCGGAUGGAGUCGAGCGCGGUGUCCGGGGACGCGACGUGGCGAGGCGUCCUCUCGCACCCGCACUUUGCGCACGCGAGAGACGAGUGCGGCAGCGCGUCCCUGGAGCGGUUGUACGAUGUCUUCGCGGAGCGCCAUCAUCUGCUGUGGCGCCCCGACGAGGCUUUGCGAUGGCUCGGGAGCGCGUGCGAACGAGCGGUGAGGGCGGUUGACGGUCCGGACGAGUGCACGACGAUCGACGGCCUCACCCCCACCGACUUUGUCGCGAUCCGCGGCGAGACGUUCCCGGCGUCGGCGCACAACGCGUACUCGCACCUCGCCGUCGAGGACUUCAGCGACGUCGUCAAGCGACAGCUGGACGAGGAGAACCCGUUUAUGCGGCGGCCGAAUGAGCCGCCGGAUCAGAUGGAUUUCGCCGCGGAGCUCGGCGUGGAUCGGCACGCGCUGAUGGACGCCGUGGCGGAGAUGGAGCGCGAGCUGGAGGCGAUGGGGCCGGACGCGAUGGAGCGCGCCCGGAACAUGGGACCCGCGGAGGCUGCGAGGUUUUUGGAGGCGGCGAGAGCCGCGGCGAACGACCGCGGCGGGGGCGAGGGCGGGGGCGAGGGGGAGCGGGGCCGGGGCAACCCGCUGGUCGAGUUCUUCCGCACCAUGUUCGUGCAGGAUCCGGGGGACGGCGGGGACGGGCUGGCGAGGCGGAUCGACCGGGACGUCGUCGAUGAGGCAUUCAACCCCGGUUGA